UGGACAUCCGUCGUCCUUCUCUCCGUCAGUCCAGCAAUAGCAAUAGCAAUUACAAUACCCUCUGCGUCUCCACGAACCUCAAGGGCGCCUUUAUUCCACCUCAUUUCGGCAGACAAGCAGCCAAGCCGGUCCAGCAUACCCUCCCGUCCGCCGGUUCGCCAGAUCCAAUCCUUUCCAUCCCGAUCCGCCGCUGACGAGCGCGAACCCGCCGCCAACUCCCCUCCAGAUACGGCCGGGUGCACCCUUCCAUCCCGCCACCACUCGCCCCCCCGGCCUCCAGUCCCGCAAGGAUCGCUACGAUACCAUGUCGGUCGACAUCCAGCAGCUCCAGAACCUGCUCUUUGACUACUUUGAAAACUCGCUCUGUUCGGCCACCAGAAAGAAGGAGAUAGAAAACGAGCUGAUCGUCAUCAAGGCUCUGCCCGAUGCCAUCGCCAUCUGCCAGGGCCUGCUUCCCCAGGCCAACAAGGAUUACAUCCAGUGGUACUGCCUCUCGGUGUACGAAUUCCACGUCGAGCGGUGGCAACAGCUCCCUUCGUCGACUCGGCUGGAGCUAAAGCAGUAUCUCUGGAACACCCUCAAGACCGAGAACCGGUUCUUUGCCGCCUACGUCACCAACAAAAUCAUCAAGCUUGUGGUGGAUAUCGGCAAGGUCGAAUACCCGCGCGAGUGGCCCAACUUUUUCCACGACCUGUAUACGAUCCAGAAGGACACAUGCAACUCGCUGCGGCUACGGCUGCUCAAGACCGUGGUCGAGGAGUUUGUCUCCUCCCGCGAGGAUGCCGAUUCGUCGCGCAAGAACGAACUCAAGGUGCUGAUGGGAUACCAGGUCGCAAACGUCAUCGCCAUUGCCAAGGAUACCCUGGUCGAGAUCUACGACCACUGUGUCGUCAACGCGGUGCUGCUGCCGUUUGAUGGCCCGGCCGACGAUGCUCCAAGCGCAGCCGAGUAUGGAAUCGGCCUGCUGUCUCCCUCGAAAGGCCCAGCGCAGUUGAGCCUGCCAUCUAUUGGCUCGUCCCCGACCCUGGCCCAUCUCUCGGUCGAGUCUCCCGGGUCGAUGCGCCGGAACGAGAGCCAGAUCCUGCACAAGGGCAAGAUCACGGGCGAGAACAUGAUUGCGGCCCAGACGGCCCUCGAGAUCAUCCUGCAGUCCUUUUCGUGGGUCUCGCUCGCGAAGGAAUCGGACUUUUUUGGCCCGCUCCUGGGCAUCAUCUUCAAGUUUGCCCAGCUCAACGACGAUGCCGAGGUGGCCCUCGGGACGACAGCCAUGUCGUGCCUCAACGAGCUGCUCUCGAGAGCGUUUAUUCCGACCCACUUUGUCGAGUACCUGAUGAUCAUGGCCAAGCAGGUGUGCGGGCUCUUGCGCUUUCUGAUCACGGACUCGAGCACGCCCGGCGGUCGUGCCCUCGGCGAUGUGGAUGAAAGGUACCGCGAAAAGUUCACAGACUUUCUGGUCUGCUUCGUAGCGCAGCAGAUCGGACGGGCCGAGGCUACACCCAGCUUCCCAAUGACCGAGUUCCUGCAGCUCUUGUUCGAGUUCACCUUGGUUCAGCCUUCUCCAGAGUCGUUUGUCGCUUGCAUCGGCAUCUGGGAUGGCCUGAUUGAACACCUCAUGUCAAGCAAGUCCAAGGACGGAGGCAACUCCGAGAGUAUCACAAAGUAUCAGAACGGUCUGUGCAGUCUCACACUGUCGGUGCAUCGAAAGCUGCAGUUCAUGGACAAUGCCAACGAGCUGAGGGAUAUUGAUGUCGACAUCGACCCGGGAGAGACUCAGAGCGACUGGCAAAAGUUCUCCGAGCCUUGUCUCGACAUUAUUGCCAAAUCAUGCGAGCUCUACCCCGACCAGAUAGUUCUGCAUCUGUUCACUCGGCUGAACCAGCAGUGUAACUGUGUCUUUGCAGGCGGCGCCAAUGUCCAGUACGCCCUGCGUGACCUCGAGCUCUCCUUGAUGCUCUUCAGUCGAAUUGCCCAUAUCUUUACGGGAUCCUUCCAGCAGAGACUGUCUCACGCCGGCGCAUUGAUCGAAAAGUUUCUGUCGAUCCUCGAUAUCUGUCACGAGCGCAAGUCACACGGAAGCUUAACCUCAAAGACACUCGGGACGCUGUCGAUAUAUGUCCACUGGGUCUCGGCGUUUUACAACUGUGCCCUCCAAGAGCCCAUGUACCAGCAGCAGUGUCACUCGCUGAUGCAGCAGCUGUUCACGACGUGCAUCAAGUACACAGAAAGCUCUGAUGCCGACUCGGUCAUCGCGAGUUACAAGCUGCUCGUCUCCCUCUCCUCGACCGUGCGAUACAGCAACACCCUCCAGUUUGCCUUUGUGCAGUCAUUCCUGUGCAAUCUGCACAGCCUGGCCUCGGUCUCGCCCAAUACCUCGCUGAACUCGGAAAAAAUUCGGCUGGGAUAUACUUUUGCAACUAAUGUCUUUGUGCUCCUGGGACCCGAUGCCAAGAACACGGACGCGGAGUGGAAUCAGCGCGGAUCGGGGUUUCUGCAAUUCUUUCAGUCCCUAUCGACGCUAUACCGACGAGAGCUGGGCAGUCUGAGUCAAAAUACUGGCAAUGCGCAGUCAAGGUCCGCCAUGAUAAACUGCCUGACGGCGUUCUCGUCGUGCAUGAGUGCAGUCAACUCGGAGGGCACGCCUGCAAAGAAUGUCGUCUACAGUGCCAUUCGGGAGUUUGUACCGAUCACAUUCAACCUGCUGUCGACCUUUGCAAAUGACGACGAUAUACUUCCCACGCUCCUCGACUUUACCAUCAACCUCUUUGAGUCCCACAAGAAGCAAGUCAGCAAGGAAAACAUCCACCUGAUCCACGAGACGGUGCAGCUCUUCCUGCAGCUGCUGGCAACCCAGAACCGCCUGACGCAGAUGCUCUCGAACCAAGCGGGCCAUCUGGUGCUGGACAAGUUCGUGGUGUUCCUGACGAGUCUGAUGCAGGAUCCGUCCAAGACAUUUGAGGUCUUCUUGCCGGAUCUGAUCCAGCUUUGCGUGACGGAUCUACAUCCUCGAUGCUUUCAGGAUGAGAACACCACAUCCGAGGAGCUCCGGAUUCGAUUUUACAACUUGAUCCAAGUCAUCAUCCUGAACCACUGGCGAUACUUUUUCGGGUCGAGCGUCGGCCGGAUGAUUGGCCAAGCCCACGACGGGAUCGAGCAUCCGACAGAAUUUGAUGGGCUUCUCGGGAUACUGGCACGAUCGCUUGGAACGUCCAACGUCGAGAUUUUCAAGAACAACAUGUCGAUCCUGAUUAGCUUCAAUACCAAGUGCAAUCUCUUCAGCAAGGAGUACUUCCAGCAAACCAUGCUUGUUCCAUUCGUGGAGCUCUUCUUCGAGAUCCUGCUCCAGCGGUCCGUCGACUUUCUGCGCGACGACAUUGUCUCGUGCGUAGGGCAGAUGGUGCUCACCAACCUGACGCUGUUCCAGGACAACUUCGUCGGCUAUUUCUUGGACAAGUAUGCAACAGGACAGCUGACCCAGGCACAGACCGAGCGGCUGCGGAAUUAUUUGGUAGCAAUCAAGGAUACCCAGUCGUGGACGGAGAACAUCAACCAGUUCAUCAACGACUUCCACUAUUACAGUGUGUUCAGACAGAAACAGGACGCUCCCGUCUGAAAAUGGGGAUCCCAGAUGCCCAGACGCCCAGAUGAUGCAUGGAGUGCAGCAACACAUGCCCGCAAAUCAUAUGUGCCGUGGCAGUGGUGUCUUGGAGAGCGUUGUGCGUGGCCAUGCCCAUGCCCAUGGUGUCAGGCGAAGGUAGAUGAACGCCAUAAAUACGCUGGUUGCUGAGCAGAACUGCGAUUGCGGUGCACACGGCCAUGUGGAAAUGGACCAAGCGGGUGCCCAUCCCGGUGCGCCAAGACCGCAGCUGUGGCGUACGUCGGUGCUGGCGCACAGGAUGCACAGGUGGA